GAGAGAGAGAGAGAGAAAGAGAAACAGAGAGAGAAACAGAGAGAAACAACAUCAGACAUUUUCGACGAGUAUAAGCAAAUGAAUUAUUUAAUUGCUGCAAAAAGAAAGAAAGAAAGAAAGAAAGAAAGAAAGAAAGAAAGAAAGAGUAGAAAGAAAGAAAGAAAGAAAGAAAGAAAGAAAGAAAGAAAGAAAGAAAGAAAGAAAGAAUGAGUAGAAAGGGAGGGAUGA